GUUUCGCCCUAAGCCCCCCGUCGAACACUCACAGACUCAAACUUCACUCACAUUUUUUCAAAAUCACCUCUUCAAUUUUCCCAGGAAAAUCCUCAUAAAAACUGGGAAAAAGAAAAGGAAAAAUGGAGAAACAUGAAAUCAACGGUCCGGUUCAUCCUUCGAGCUCCGGCAGUAACGGCCAUACCGUUAGAUCACCAGCUCAUCAACCCAACUUCAAUAGCCGUGCCGUUCAGGAAGCUUUAGAACACUUGGCAUCUGUUGACCUUAGUGAGUUAUUCAAUGAGGCGAAAACCGAAUACUGUCGAGCAACUAGAGACUUAAGACGAUGUGGGCGUUACGUGAAGUAUGUGUUGAACUCUUGCGGACAUGCCUCGUUAUGUGCCGAGUGUUGUCAAAGAUGUGAUCUUUGUCCGAUUUGUAGAAUACCAUUGGCGAGUGGUAACAACAGACUUCAGCUACGCCUGUUCGAUGAGUGCAUAGACGCUGGCCUCAUUUCUAGAAGAUAUGGUGAUAUUUUUCAAAAUAAAGAAGAUAGAGAUGAUCAAAUGAAUGCUGAUGUUCAACGUCUUUAUUCUUUUUUUGAUGUCUCCUUGGAGAAUAACUUGGUUUCUUUGGUUUGUCAUUAUGUUACAGAUAUAUGCAUGGAUGAAACUGCUGUUUCCAGUGAUGCUAUCACUGCUUUGCUACUGGAUGAGAAGGUUGUCAAGGAUUGGGUCAAGCGGAAGUUUAAAAAUAUUACAACAGAACUUCAACAGAUAUAUUAUCUCAAGGUAGGAGAAAUGGAAAAGAGUUUAGGUUUGCUUCACAAAUAUUCAGCAUAUCUGGCUAGCUUAUCCAGUAUUCUUGAAGUUUUGGAAUCAUCUUUCAAGGGUCGUCCUUUGGCACAGCUCCAUGACUUGCAUCACCUUCAAGAGAGUAUAUUGAAGACGAAGCAGCAUCUUGAGAUCAUAAUGUGGUGUAUAAGGCACCAAUUCUUGGAACAUGUGAGGUCUCGUCAUGCUAAUUUCACAUCCUGGCAUAAUCUUGUCCGUGAAAGAAAAUCGGCUGCAACUGCACGUGCAUGGCCUGAUGUAGUCGAUCGCUCAGCCGACUCCACUAGACAGGAUGGCUCUCUAUUCAUUGAAGAUGCAUUAGCAAACCUUGACAUCGAACAAGCAUGUGAUCAGGAGCUUGGAGAAGAGUCAUAUUUUGCAUUUUUACUGAAGGACAGCUCCUCCUUUUCUCGGUCUAAAAUAGAGGGAUUGAGAGGGUGUUACCCAUUUGAAAGUCUCCAGGCUGCUGUGGACAUCCUCUUUCUAUGUGGUAGUUCUGAUUUGGUGGUUGCAAAGCAAGCAAUUUUUGUAUAUUACUUGUUUGAUCGGCAUUGGAGUAGGCCUGAAGAAGAAUGGAGAGAUAUUGUGGAUGACUUUGCUACCUCCUUUGGUAUAAAUAGGCAUUCAUUACUCGAAUCAUUCAUUUUCUGUCUUUUGGACGAUCACACAGAUGAGGCUUUACAGGAAUCUUUUCAACUUCUUCCAGAGAUAUCUGGCCCAACAACUCAUCCUAAGAUUGCACGAGUUCUGUUAGAACGGCAGAAUCCCGAGGUUGCUCACAUGGUGUUACGCUGGUCUGGUCGUGAUGAUGGAUCACAGUUGGUUUCGCUUAGUGAGGCUGUGACUGUUGUUUGGGUGAAAGUGGAAUGUAGGCUUUUGACUGAAGCAUUCACAUAUCAGCGGAUGCUCUGUACUAAAGUCCGGGAAAAGAAUUUCAAGUAUGGUCCAAGUGAGGAUGGCCAAUGCAGGUGCUGGAUGGACUGGACAGAAAUAUUGGUCUCUGAAUUAUGCUGUUUAUGUAUUCGGAGGAACUUGGUAGAUCGAAUAAUAGAGUUGCCAUGGAAUUCUGAUGAGGAGAAAUAUAUUCAUAAAUGCCUGUUAGAUUGUGCAACUGAUGAUCCUUCUUCUGCUAAUGGAAGUCUCCUUCUUGUAUUCUAUCUUCAGCGCUAUCAAUACGUUGAGGCAUAUCAAGUCAGUCUUAAACUUCGGACCUUAGAAGAAGACUUCAUUUCAACUCAUUCUGUUAAUGAAGAAUUUCUAGAAGUUUUAUCCAGAAUGGAAUCUUGUCGUCAAAGGAGAAAAGCAUUGGUUGAUAAAGGUUUAGAAUUGCUACCAGAAGUCUUGCAGCAACAAGUAAAGACCGGAACGUUGCCUGAUAUAGGGGUUACUUUUGGUCAAGAGAAUGAAAUGCCAGCAAGAUCCGGCCUUCCCGAAUUGCAAGAACCAGAACCAGCCCCUUUGUUGGUUCCUUCCACUUCUGAUUCUAUUCUUCUACAACCAGAUCUUUUGACUACUUCAAGUCCAGCAGUUUCUGAAAUUCCUAAAAUAUUUGGGGGGUAUGUCAACGGUUCUCAUGUUGGCGCUGGUAACCACAGGUCUUUAUCAAUUCUCCAUGGGAGAUUAUUUGUAGGUCCAGAAACCAUAUCAAAUGUUGAAGUUGGCAAAAGUUUCAACUUUGAAGGCAUCUCAAGUCCUGGAAUCCAUCGUGUAAGUCCCACAUAUGCUACACCAUUGAACGGAAUCAGUCAGAGUUCAUCAAGAGAGCUCCCGAUCAGACAUUUACAAGAAAAACAAUCUGAUAAAAUCAUUUCAGUGGGAGAGCAAAACGGGUUUGUUAACCAGGUUCACAAUACAAGUCCUCCGUAUUCCCGAAGAGUGACAGCUAAUCCUGUAUCCAUGCCUAGCAGUAACUAUAGUUUAAAAGGUUCUGCAAAUAACUUGCCUUCAAAUAUUUCCGGUAAGAGGGGUCAAUCAAAUAGAGAUGACAGCUAUUGGACUGUGCCUCCUAACGAAGACUUAACGGAUGUCGUCAAUUGGAGUCAUGAACAAAGGCCUUUCGAGGACAGAUACAUAAACGAGGGACUGAGAUGGAGAUCCGAUGAAACAAGUGACGAGGAAGAGCAAAAUCCAGGUGGAACCAUAAAAGUUGGCGGUCCAACCCCCACGAAAGGAUAUAGAAGGAGGAGAUUCGCCAUAAGAUAAAUUCAUGUCCUCUCCAUGAUGAUCGACACCAUGAGAAUGAACCAGCCUGAACCCUGAAGUGGGACUCAAACCCGUACCUAUGGUUCAGUUUGACUGCUUUUAUUUGGGUAAAAAAAGGUACAACUCUCGUCUUAUACUGGUCUAAGAUUCACAUUAAUGGCAGAUUCAGAGACAGGAAGUGGGUUGUCAAUGCCCAAUGCUUUGUCUUCCAUGAGGAGAUUUAUUUUUAUAAUUGAAGGGACCAAUUAAUCAAAUCGUCAAGGAUCCCCAUAAUUUUUGUAUCUUUUUUCCUUCUUUUCUAAGUGAGCUCAAGGCCAUAUUGAUAGUUCCUAGUUUUUCGAGCAGUAAUAAUCAAGCUUACUUUUUUUUGUAAGUUGAGUUAGAGAGAAAAAAAUUGUAUCAGUUAAUUAAAUCAAUGUUAAAGUGCGAUUUUGUUAA